UCUUCUAGCAAAGUAGCAAAACGAACUGCACAUUGCAUUACUUGAGUAGUCAGCCAGCAAGUAAAUGUAAACCCUUUUAAACAAAAUCGGAUCGCAUUCUCGGCGGCGAAGAAUGCAAUAAAUUGGCCGGCCGAUGCUGUCGGUCGUUCGCCGCCGCUUCUUCGUUUGCGCUGGCCUUCUUAUCGCCUGUUCUCUUCGUGCCUCUUCUGUGUCGCUGCUCCCUUCCUCUUCUUUCCUUGGAAUAUCCCCUCAAGACGAGAAGUACUACUCGGCAGCCAGCAUCGCUUGCAGGGACGGCUCCAAAACCUUCAAUCGGAAACGUCUUAACGAUGGCUUCUGCGACUGUCCCGACGGAACAGACGAACCAGGAACAUCUGCCUGCCCUGAGAGCAAGUUUUAUUGCAGGAAUAUUGGGGAUGUCCCACAACUAUUGUUUUCUUCUAGAGUGAAUGAUCAUAUUUGUGAUUGCUGCGAUGGAAGUGAUGAGUAUGAUGGUGGUAUUGUAUGUCGAAACACAUGCGUCAAAAAUGGAACUUAUGAUUUGAAUACAGGUGGUGGUCAUCAUUCAACGGAAACAAAAAUCAAUAACUUUAAUAUCAAGGACAAGAAAAUUAAAGUUGACCUAGAUGAUUUUCUUCAAAAUCUAGAAGGACUGAAGAUAAUUACAGUAAUUGAGGUGGCCUCUUUCAUGGGAGUGUUUUUCUUGAUAUGUCGACGUACAAGGGUUCGAAUGAGACGGUAUUUAUGGAGAAGUUAAUAAGAAAAAAUAGUCUUAAUUUGAAAUUUGUUACAAAUAUGUGAUUUAAUGCCAUUCUAGAUCUUUGUACUUGCUGGCAACAACUGCUUCGUUAAGAGUGCAUUACCUUGCCAUAUAUACAUCACCUCGGUUUGAGCUAUAAAUACUUUCUGCACCAUGAUUUUUUCUGUUC